AAUUAAUUUGUUCCCAGUGUGGAUUCACUUUGUUUGGGUUAGACUGUUAUUAUUUGCCCUUUCAUUGUCUUCCCGAAUUAUAGUUUAUUGAAUUUUAUUCUAUAUGUAUUAAGUUGCUGUUUUUGGUAACAGCAAUGGCAGCUGCUGCUCCUACGAUUGUUGAGGCAGAUGAUCAAUCGCGGAUUCGUUUCCAGUUGGAGUUGGAAUUUGUUCAGUGUUUGGCAAACCCAAACUAUCUCAACUUUCUGGCUCAGCGGGGAUACUUCAGAGACAAGGCGUUUGUGAACUACCUAAAAUACUUGCUGUAUUGGAAAGAACCGGAAUAUGCAAAAUAUCUGAAGUAUCCUCAGUGUUUGCACAUGCUGGAGCUUUUGCAGUAUGAACAUUUCCGCAAAGAGCUAGUAAAUGCACAGUGUGCCAAAUUUAUCGAUGAGCAACAGAUCCUUCAUUGGCAGCACUAUUCACGAAAACGUAUGCGACUACAGCAAGCCCUGGCAGAGCAGCAGCAGCAGAACAAUGUUUCUGCUAAAUGAAAUAAUUAGGGACCCUCCACUGAGUUUAUAGGCUGGAAUAUUGCAUACAGCAUGCAGUAAAUGCAGGCUAAUAAAGCUGGCUUACUUUUAAGCACUGAUCGAAGAGGUAGACUGAAAACCUGUGCACCUAGAGUUUGUCUUAAUAUAUGCACAUUUGGUUGUCUUGAAUAUUAUAAACUGUUACUGAAGUAAACUUUUUUUUUUUUUUUGCAGCCAGUGAGGCUGACUUGACAACUACUUAUAUUUGAGAACAGUUGUAAAGAAAGCAGUAAAAAUACUUUUACAGUUUCUCUUAACAGAUAAUUUUAGUGGGGAUUUGAAGCUGGAUUUGAUAAACUCCUGAGGGGGGCUACAGGUUUUCUUGGAAUAUUGUAAUUACAUUACCUUUAUUAUGUGUUUAACCCAAUAGGUGCAACUCUGUUUUUUUCCCCAUUUUUUGUAAACCACAGCAUUGAAAGAAUUUCAGAACUA